UGACUUAAAAGUUAAGGGCAGCCAGCUCUAAUAGUAACACACACACAUUCUAUGGGGAAUAGUUUUUUUAGGCUAUGAGAAAUUGUAUAAUUCGUUCUUCAAUAUUAAUAUUGUUUAUAAUAGGGAAAGUAUCAAUGGUAAAUGAAACGAGUAAUAUGAUUAAUAAAUGUGCCGAUUGCAGUUCAUAUGUAUCAUGCACUAUUAGGAAUUAUGGCCAGCUAAUAGAAUUCGACGAUGAUACCGACAAGAUUAAGAGAUGUGACUCAAAAGUAACUACUGUUAAUGCAUUACAGAAAUGUGUGCCAAGGGUUUAUCGUAUACAUGAGCUAUUGGAGGGUUUUAUCUGCUUCUGGACGCCACAGAUGGGAUGUACAAUUGUCAUUGGCAAGCGCCAACAGCAAGGAAAUUACACUGAAAACUAUUGUGAACAAUGUAUGUUACAUUGCCCCUGUUCUGAAGGAAGUAGAGUGCAUAUAGGACUUACGGCACGAACAGCUAUAUGCAUUGGAUUGAUCUUGGGACUAAUGUGGGCACUAUAAAAUGUAAUUCCUUAGAUUUUUAACUAAUUGUGCAACACUGCAAAUAAAUUGAUUACACUUUAA